GCAAAGAUGGCUGCUGCGUCUUCGUCGGAUUCCGACAGCGGCAGAGCUGAGAGCAAUGAGGCCAGUUCGAAAUGGCUGGACGCACACUACGACCCCAUGGCCAACAUCCACACCUUUUCCUCCUGCCUGGCGCUGGCAGAUUUGCAUGGGGAUGGGGAGUACAAGCUGGUGGUGGGGGACCUUGGCCCCGGUGGGCAGCAUCCCCGCCUGAAGGUGCUCAAAGGACCCACAGUGCUGACUGAAAGUCCCUUACCUGCACUGCCAGCUGCCGCCGCCACCUUCCUCAUGGAGCAGCACGAGCCCCGGACACCAGCUCUCGCACUCGCUUCAGGCCCUUGUGUGUACGUGUAUAAGAAUCUUAGGCCCUACUUCAAGUUCAGCCUGCCCCAGUUGCCUCCAAACCCCCUGGAACAAGAUCUCUGGAACCAGGCCAAGGAGGACCGGAUUGACCCCUUGACCCUGAAGGAGAUGCUGGAAGGCAUCCGGGAGAAGGCAGAGGUGCCUUUGUCUGUACAGUCACUCAGGUUUUUACAGCUGGAGCUGAGUGAAAUGGAGGCAUUUGUGAGCCAGCACAAGUCCAGGUCCAUCAAGCGGCAGACAGUCAUCACAACCAUGACCACCUUAAAGAAGAACCUGGCUGACGAGGAUGCUGUGUCCUGCCUGGUGCUGGGCACUGAGAACAAGGAGCUCCUGGUGCUGGACCCAGAGGCCUUCACCAUUUUGGCCAAGAUGAGCCUACCCAGUGUGCCCGUCUUCCUGGAGGUGUCUGGCCAGUUCGAUGUAGAAUUCCGGCUUGCCGCUGCCUGCCGCAAUGGGAACGUCUAUAUCCUGAGAAGAGACUCCAAGCACCCCAAGUACUGCAUCGAGCUGAGCGCCCAGCCUGUGGGGCUUGUCCGGGUACACAAGGUCCUGGUGGUGGGCAGCACCCAAGAGAGCCUGCAUGGCUUCACCCACAAGGGUAGGAAGCUGUGGACGGUGCAGAUGCCAGCAUCCAUCCUGACCAUGAACCUCCUGGAGCAGCGCUCACGGGGCCUGCAGGCCGUUAUGGCUGGGCUGGCCAAUGGAGAAGUCCGCAUUUACCAUGAUAAGGCCCUGCUCAAUGUCAUCCGCACCCCGGAUGCAGUGACCAGCCUUUGCUUUGGCCGCUACGGGCGGGAGGAUAACACCCUCAUCAUCACUACUCGGGGCGGUGGCCUGAUCAUCAAGAUCCUGAAGCGUACAGCAGUGUUUGUGGAAGCAGGAGGUGUGGUGGGCCCCCCACCAGCCCAGGCGAUGAAACUCAGUGUGCCCCGAAAGACCCGGCUUUAUGUGGAUCAGACACUGCGAGAGCGGGAGGCUGGCACCGCCAUGCACCGGACCUUCCAGACCGACCUCCACCUGCUGCGCCUCCGGGCUGCCCGUGCCUAUGUGCGGGCCCUCGAGUCCAGCCUGAACCCUGUGUCUGUGACGGCCCGGGAGCCCCUCAAGCUGCACGCUGUGGUUCAGGGCCUGGGCCCCACCUUUAAGCUCACACUUCACCUGCAGAACACCUCAGCAGCCCGACCCAUCCUGGGGCUCCUGGUCUGCUUCCUGUACAACGAGGUGCUCUAUGCCCUGCCCCGGGCCUUCUUCAAGGUCCCCUUGCUGGUGCCAGGACUCAUCUACCCCCUGGAGACCUUUGUGGAGAGUCUCAGUGACAAGGGCAUCUCAGACAUUAUCAAGGUGCUGGUGCUUCGUGAAGGCCAGAGCGCUCCCCUGCUGAGUGCCCAUAUCAACAUGCCCGUGAGCGAGGGGCUGGCAGCUGCCUGACCCCCGGACUGGUGUUGAAGCCCCUGCGGAAUCAGGACCAGGAAGAUCCAGCCCUUUGCAGUGAGCUGGGCGGAGCCAGUGGCCCCAGGCCCAUUCCCCGAGCAGCAGUGUGUUGGGGCUACAGUUUCCUUCUCCUCUCCUCUAAGUGUCUCCUUUCUCACCACCCUGACUGCUGGG